AUGGCUCUAGAUAUUGUAGAAAUCCCAACUAAGCCUUACCAAGACCAGAAACCUGGUACUUCAGGUUUACGUAAGAAAACUAAAAUAUUCAUGAAUGAGCCAAAUUACACAGAGAAUUUUAUCCAAGCCAUUUUGGAUGCAAUCCCAGAAGGCUCUGAAGACUCAACUUUGGUUGUCGGCGGUGAUGGUCGUUUCUACAACGAUGUCAUCCUACAAUUGAUUGCUGAAAUUGGUGCUGCCAAUGGUGUUAGAAAAUUGAUUAUCGGUCAAGCUGGUAUUCUAUCUACCCCAGCAACUUCUCACGUCAUCAGAACAUACCAUGAAGAAGUCACGGGUGGUAUUAUUUUAACUGCUUCUCACAACCCAGGCGGCCCAGAAAAUGAUAUUGGUAUCAAAUAUAACCUAGCAAAUGGUGCUCCAGCUCCUGAAUCGGUGACAAAUGCAAUCUGGGAAGAAUCAAAGAAAUUAACCACUUACAAGAUAAUUAAGAACUUCCCAAAGAUUGAUAUUAACACAAUUUCAGAAAACGUUAAAUAUGGUCCAUUAUUAGUUGAUAUCAUUGAACCAACAGAAGCUCACGUUGAGUUAUUGAAAGGUAUUUUUGAUUUCCCUUUGAUCAAAAAGUUCAUUGAGACUCAACGUAAGACAAAGAAUUGGAAAUUACUAUUCGAUUCAUUAAAUGGUGUCACUGGCCCUUAUGGGAAAGCUGUCUUCGUGGACGAAUUUGGUUUGCCAGCAGACGAAGUACUACAAAAUUGGCACCCACAACCAGAUUUUGGCGGUUUACAUCCAGAUCCAAACUUGACCUAUGGUAGAACGUUAGUUGAUAGAGUUGAUAAAGAGAAAAUCGAAUUUGGUGCUGCCUCGGAUGGUGAUGGUGACAGAAAUAUGAUUUACGGCUACGGCCCUGCAUUCGUCUCCCCAGGUGACUCAGUUGCAAUCAUAGCUGAAUAUGCCAAUGAAAUCCCAUAUUUUGCAAAGCAAGGUAUUUACGGCGUCGCAAGAUCUUUCCCUACAUCUAGUGCCAUCGACUUAGUGGCUAAACAUAAAGGAUUAGAUUUGUAUGAAGUACCAACAGGUUGGAAAUUCUUCUGCGCAUUGUUUGAUGCCAGGAAACUAUCGAUUUGUGGUGAAGAAUCCUUUGGUACAGGUUCGAAUCAUAUAAGAGAAAAAGAUGGGUUGUGGGCAAUUGUUGCUUGGUUAAAUAUUUUAGCCAUUUUUAACAAGGAUCAUCCCGAAAAAGACGCUUCCAUCAAGACUAUUCAAACAGAAUUCUGGCAAAAGUACGGUCGUACUUUCUUUACCCGUUAUGAUUACGAAAGCCUUCCUUCUGCAUAUGCAGCCAAAGUUGUUGAUUUCCUAAAUGCGUUUGUCACUAAUCCAAAGACUAAGAAUGCAGCAUUCCCAGGUGAUCCAAACCUAACUGUUGUAGAUUGCGGUGACUUUUCAUACACUGAUUUGGAUGGCUCUGUUUCUGAUCAUCAAGGGCUAUUCUUCAAGUUGUCUAACGGUGCUAGAAUCGUGCUAAGAUUAUCUGGUACAGGUUCUUCCGGUGCUACAAUUAGAUUAUAUGCUGAACAAUACAGUGAUGACCAAACCAAAUACAAUGAUUCGGCAGAUGAUGUGUUAAAACCAGUGAUAUACUCAGUUGUCAAGUUCUUGAAAUUCAAAGAAUUCAUUGGCACUGAGGAACCAAAUGUUAAAACUUAA